AUGUCUGAUCCAUCACCCUGCGCAGUCCUGACACUGCCAGUCGAAAUUCCCCACAUCACAUCCACAAGCGAAGUGUUAGACCUUGAUUACUUCGGCCCAGUUGAUGAUUCAAUUAGCAUCGAGGGCUCUAAAUUCGUUGCUCGUCUUACUGAUGGGGUAGAGAACGAAGUUGCACGCAUCAUCAAGGAAUUUAUAGUCACCACGCAAAACGACUGUGUAGGUAACGCAAAAGAGAAGAGAGCAUGCUGGUUUACGAUCCGCUCCACGAAGCCCACUGACGAAUUCAAUAUCCCAAGAUGGCACCAGGACGGCCCGAUGUACCCGUACGACAAGGGACGUGAAGAGGUUGUACGAAGCAAGUAUGCGCUAACUUUACUCGGGCCUCCUACACUCAUGCUUGUGCCAGAUGAGGACGCAUUCGCUACUGAACGGCAAGGGAUAGCGCAGCACUUUUGGUGGCAGGAGAAGGAUACCCAUCGGCCCUCCGCAGAAGAGUGGGAUGAAGCAGAUUUGAAGUUGCGAAAGUGGCUCGAAAACGAAUUCAAAGAGACUCCCAGAGUUCAGAUUGAACAUGGCCAAAUCGUUCGAUUCAGCUGGGGAAGAGACAACAGUCCACUCCAUUCAGAGCCAGAUAUUAUUUGCGACAGGAUCUUUAUAAGUGUUCUCUAUGGCAGUGAAUCAGAAUUGCGAAGGAUGUGUGAUUGGAGAGAGGGCAAGUACGGGAAGUUUGAGGCCGAUAUCUAA